AUGGGUUGUGCGCAGAGCACCCCAACGUACUAUCACGCCGACCUGCUCGCGGUUCUUCGCUGUGACGUCACUUCAUGGAAGGGCGAUCGCGCGCGCCAAUGGUUCAACAGUCCCCUGCUGACGGGAGACCCCGUGUGGAACGUACACCACGGCACCACGACCGCCCCCGCGCGUCCCCGUGACUCAGAUUGGUCGAAAAACUCACCGCUGGCGACCGAGAUUGUGGAUAUCUUGAACGGCGCACUGAAGGCCAUGGGGGGGUGGCCCAGGCUUCCUAUAUGCUGUGGCGCCGGCGUCGAGGACGUCAGGUGGCCGCCGCCACAAAUGGUCGAGGCAUUCAACAAAGUGUGCAAGAAAUUAAACGAGGAUAAGCUCUUCAAUGUGGGUCUCCAAUGCAGAGUCGUCUCAGACAGAGUAGAUCCACUAAACCCUGUAUGUGCCUUCUGCGUGUUGGUGGAAAAAAAAAGUGACACGCGUGAUGAGUUCGACACACCGAAAUGUACUAGUGAUUUGAACGAAUUGACAACACACAUAGCGCCAGGAGUCAGGCGACAUGCUAAGGAGGCAUUAGCCUGGUCACCGCCCGCAGACUGGAUGUCCUCCUGCUAUAUGAGGCGCGAAGCUUUGCCUACUCCUUACAAUGAAUGA